AUGAACCGCCUCACCGCCUUCUCCCGCCCUCUCGCCGCCACCGCUCGCGUCCAGAUCGCUCGCUCGGCUGUUGCCACCCGCUCUGCCAUCCAGAUCCGCAACUACUCUUCGGAGCACGGUGAGGAGUCUUUCGAGCACUUCACUGAGCGUUUCAUCAAGUUCUUUGAUAACGUCGAUGAUGUCUUUGAGCUCCAGCGUGGAUUGAACAACGCCUUCGGUUACGAUCUCGUCCCCUCGCCCUCCGUCAUUGCCGCUGCCCUCAAGGCUUCCAGACGUGUUGACGACUAUGCCACCGCUGUCCGUGUUUUCGAGGGAUUGAAGGUCAAGGCUGGUUCGGAUGCUCUUUACAAGCAGUACUUGGAUGAGCUCGCUCCCCUCAAGAACGAGUUGGGUGUCCAGACCAAGGAGGAGCUCGGAUUGUAA